AUGCUGGCUAUUACCGCUGGCGAGAUGCUGCUGCUGCGGACACGGUGUGCAGUACUCAGACUCACCCUAGCCUUCUCCACCGCUGAGCUGCCGGUGAUCCGGCUCCCACGCCGCACGGAGCUCUGGCUAGAGAGCCGAGAGAAGCAGAAUCAGAGCGAAACCGUCUUUGCCCCCCGAGGCGGGAAGCUUCUGAUCAGUACCCGCAGGCGGGAGCUGGUGCAGUUAUCCCGGGACAUUUGCGGAAAGUGGGAGCAGCCAGCGCUGGUCAGUCGGGGAUGGAAGCACAGCCAGUCGCACGGGGACUAUUUCACCAUUAACAGGCAGCGCGAUCAGCGCCCCUGGCCGGAGACUGAGGACACCUUUGAGCCCCUUCAACUACAUCCUAGCCUGCUCGAGGCUCUCCAUGCCCUGAAAAUCACCAGCCCCACCUGGGUGCAGAAACACAGUAUCCCGGUCCUGCUCCAGGGCAAAAACGUGUUGUGUGCCUCAGAGACUGGCAGUGGGAAGACCAUGGCCUACCUGAUCCCCCUGAUGCAGCGGCUCCUCACUCAGCAGGGCGAUUUGGGCUCCACGGAACCUCGUAGCUUGGUGCUUGUGCCUUCCAGGGAGCUUGCAGGCCAGGUCACAUCAGUUGCACGAAGAUUGGUUGCCCAUAUGGGACUAACUGUGCGUUUUGUGGGAGGUGGGCUAGGGCGUAAAUCAAUAGAGAAGCAGUUUGACACUAGUGCUUUAGACAUAUUAGUGGCCACUCCUGGUGCCCUCUUGAAAGCCUUGAAAUGGGAUAAACUCAGUUUGGCAGAUCUCUGCUUUAUCGCCCUGGAUGAGGCAGACACACUGUUUGAUGAUACUUUCUCUGGACUUGUUGAAGAAAUUCUCAUGCAGACUCAGAUUGCUUCCCAUGCCAACGAAGUGUGUGGUGCGGUUAGGAAAGCUCAGUUAGCCAUCAUUGGAGCCACUUUCCCGAAAGGUGUUGGUCAACUACUGAGUAAGGUGACAGAUAUUGCCAGUAUCUACACUAUCAAAAGCAAAAGACUGCAUUUUCUCAUGCCCCAUGUUGAGCAGACAUUUAGGAGACUCAAAGGUUCGGACAAAAUAUCUGAACUAGUGGAGUUGCUGAAAAAACAAGCAGCGGAGAAACACGGAUCAGGGAUUUUAGUCUUUUGUAACACCUCCAAGACUGUGAACUGGCUGGGCUAUAUAUUGAAUGAUCAUGAUAUCAAGCAUUCCCGACUCCAUGGCCAAAUGCCAGCGGAUAUGCGUGUGGGUAUUUUCAAUUGUUUUCAGAAAGGUGACACUGAUGUGCUAGUUUGCACAGACAUUGCUUCUAGGGGUCUUGACAGUUGUAGGGUCGAAACUGUGGUCAAUUAUGACUUUCCCAACACUUUAGAGGAUUACCUACAUAGAGCAGGAAGGGUGGGUCGUAUUGGCAGUGCAUGUCAAGGCAGUGUGGUGAGCUUUGUAACAUUUCCUUGGGAUGUUGAACUGGUGCAAAAAAUUGAAACUGCUGCUCGAAAGAGAAGUAGCCUCCCUGGCAUGGAGUCCAGUAUAAGGGAAGCUGUUCAGACCAAUGACCCUACAAACGAUCAAGAAAAAUUGUAGGCUUCAUGUAUAGUCUCUUUGUAAAUGUGGUAAAACUUGAAAUUUAAUAGUUUCUUAAUUAAACUACGCAAUGGAGCUAUCGCAUCUAUUUGUUCUGUACUGUAUAUUCUGCACAUGUCACCAGAUAAGAUUAAGCUUAAGUUUCCUUUAUCGCUUUCAUUCAUUGCAAAAUUUGAAACCUGUUUGGUUUGGAAAGUUGAGCCAAAGUUAUUAAGGGUCAAUCCGUGUCAAAUCAAUAAACUGAUUUUACUUCAUCA